AUGAACACAAAUUUGUUAGUGUGGCCGCAGCUCCUCCCAUGCAAGAGCUCUAAUUUGGGCCGUCGAUCAUCAUCUCCAUCUCCAUUGAAUUCAUCGGUAUCUGCGGUUGCAGCUUUCUACAAGAUAUCAAACUCACAGCUGAGCCUAUCUGAUAAUUAUGAUCGACAUUGUAUCCAAAUAAUUCAUAAUCCAGAGCUAAUUAUCCCUAAACAUGUUGCUAUAAUAAUGGAUGGGAACAGGAGAUGGGCUAAGGCUAGAGGUUUACCUGUGGAAGAGGGUCACAAGUUUCUUACUCCUAAUCUCAAAAAUAUUUGUAACAUUUCUUCCAAACUGGGAAUACAAGUCCUCACUGCUUUUGCUUUCUCUACUGAAAACUGGACUCGUUCCAAGGAGGAGGUUUAUUUCUUGAUGAAUCUGUUCGAAGAGUUCUUUGAAGAAUUUAUGAGGUUUGGAGUACGAGUGUUUGGAAAUAGACCUAGACUUCCCAUAACUCUACAGAAAGGCAUAGAGUUAAUCGAGAAGGCCACCAAAGCCAACGAAGGACUUCAUCUUAUGUUGGCACUGAACUAUGGAGGACACUAUGACAUAUUAGAAGCAACCAAGAGCAUUGCCAGUAAAGUAAAGGAUGGUCUUCUACAGUUGGAGGAUAUCGACUAUAAAUUAUUCGAACAAGAACUUGCUACCAAGUAUGCCAAGUUUGCUAAACCUGAUUUACUCAUAAGAACUGGUGGAGAACAGAGAAUCAGUAAUUUCUUAUUGUGGCAGAUUGCUUAUUCUGAAUUAUACUUCACAAAGACAUUAUUUCCUGACUUUGGAGAAGAAGAACUAAAGGAAGCCAUACGUUCUUUUCAACAAAGACACAGACGUUUUGGUGGACACACAUAUUGA